AUGCCUGCAUUCCCGCCGUUGCUCUCAGCCACUGCUGCCAGGGCCUGGGACUUUCCAGCCCCGGUGGUGGUGGCUGACAGCAAGCUCUGGGCCGGUAGGUGCUGCAGGCAAAUGUGUGUGUUCCCACCGUCGCUGUCAGCCGCGGCCGCCGGGGCUGGGAAGUCCCGGUCCCUGGUGGCAGUGGCUGACAGUGAGCUCCGGGCCCACGGAGGCUGCAGGCAAAUGCCUAUGUUCCUGCCGUCACUGUCACCCGCCUCUGGGGCCUGGACGUCUCAGGACCCAGUGGUGGUGGCUGACAGCAAGCUCCAGACCCGCGGAGGCUGCAGGAAAAUGCCUGCAUUCCCACCAUCGCUGUCAGCCACCACCUCUGGGGCCCAGAACUUCCCAGCCCUGUCCAUGGUGGCUGACAGCGAGCUCUGGGCCAGCAGGGGCUGCCGGCAAAUGCUGGCAUUCCCACCGCUGCUGUCAGCUGCCGCUGAUGAAGCAAGGUGCACGGAGAGCUGUCCAUCUGGAUAUGCCAAGGCGAUUAAGGAAGGAGAACCUAUUUGCUGCUACGACUGUGUUCCAUGCGCAGAAGGGACAGUCUCCACUCAGGAAGAUGCAAGUCAAUGUGAUAAAUGUCCAGAGGAUCAGCAUCCAAACCAGGUCCGAGAUCAGUGUGUUCCUAAGGGGAUAACCUUCCUAUCCUAUGAAGAACCUUUGGGGAUCAUCCUAAAUAUCCUUACUCUUUUCUUCACCCUAAUCACAAGUAUUGUUUUAGGCAUCUUCAUUAAAUACUUAGAAACUCCAAUAGUCAGGGCCAACAACCGGGACCUCUCCUACAUCCUUCUUGUCUCCCUUCUGCUUUCGUUUCUCUCCUCCUUUCUCUUCAUUGGUCAGCCCAACAAGGUGACCUGCCUUCUCCGACAAACUGCCUUCAGCAUCAUAUUCUCCAUUGCCGUCUCUUCAGUGUUGGCAAAAACUGUCACUGUGGUGGUGGCCUUCAUGGCCUCAAGGCCAGGGAGCGGGAUGAGGAACUGGCUGGGGAAGAGCUUGGCCAACUCCAUUGUCUUUUCCUCUUCCAGUAUCCAAGUGGGCAUCUGCGUUCUUUGGCUGGCCAUUUCUCCUCCAUUCCCAGAGCUGGACAUGCACUCUCAGCCCAGACAGAUUGUAUUGCAAUGCAAUGAAGGUUCUGUCACUAUGUUUUAUACUGCCCUGGGCUACAUGGGAUUCCUGGCCGCCAUCUGCUUCACUGUGGCUUUCCUAGCCAGGAAGCUGCCUGGGGCAUUCAAUGAAGCCAAGCUGAUCACCUUCAGCAUGCUGGUCUUCUGCAGUGUCUGGGUGUCCUUUGUGCCCACCUACCUGAGCACGAAGGGGAAAUACAUGGUGGCAGUGCAGGUUUUCUCUAUCUUGGCCUCCAGUCUGGGCUUACUGGGCUGCAUCUUUCUUCCCAAAUGCUACAUCAUUAUCCUGAGGCCUCAUCUGAAUACAAAAGAACACCUAAUGAUGAAACAUAAAGAUACGGUUUAA